AUGUACAAUGUUGAUACUGAUACUGGUUUGUGUUCAUGUCCACAAGGUGACACAGGAAAACCUUGCAAGCAUCAAAUUUAUGUUGCCAAAGAUCUCAAUAUUGAUAUACCUCUAUGUUUACCAUCUAAUGAACAUACUAGAAUAAAACUACAUACUAUUGCUACAGGAUGCAGUGAUAUUAAAAAAGAUUGGUAUACUCCAUUUCUUAACACCGAAAAUAAUGAAAAUACUGAACUAUGUGUUGAACCAAAAAUCCAAAAUAAUAUAAUAGUAGAACCCAGUCAUUCUUUAAACAUAAGUGAAAAUCAAAAUUCACCUAUUCAAAUUUCACCUACUUACAAUGAAGUAUUGGAAAAGUUUGAUUCCACAGUGGAUAAAAUUAAAAGAGCUUUUGAAUCGGAUAGAGAAUAUUUUUUACCAGGUAUUAACGCUUUUGUAAAUUCAUUUGAUAAAAAUGUAAAUACUCAUGCAGCUUUGUUAUCUGCAAUGAUGACAUUUGGAAAAUACUCUGGCAUAAAUCCUAAGAGUAUAAAGCCUAAACUUAUUGGGAAUAAACAUAUUGGAACUCAACCAACAGCUCGAGGAAGACGUGUUACACAAAUUGGAGGUAGACAUAAUUUAACUUCUGGCCGAGUUCCUAAAUGGAAAAGAGUCAAUGAACAUGGAUAUCACCUAAAAUUGACUUCAAGCCAGUUACCAAGAGGUAAUAUAAAAUCUUUUGAUCCUUCAGUUGUUCCCAAAAAAGUUUCAAAAAUGCCUCAUCAGUUGUCUUAUUGUGUGGAUAAAAAUAAACCAUUAGGAUCAACUCAUAAUGCAAAGUAA